GCAAAGCGUUGAAGAGAGAAGAAGAAGAAGUAAAAAAAAAAAACAAAUCCCAAAGUAUCAAUUUAUUUCUAUUUUGGCCGUUAAGAUUCUAUUUGUGAUCAUUUAACACCCUGAAGAGUUCACACCCGCCAUGUGUGGAGGAGCUAUUAUCUCCGAUUUCAUUCCACCGCCGAGGUCUCGCCGUGUUACCAGCGAGUUUAUCUGGCCGGAUCUGAAGAAGAGUGCGAAAGCAGCGAAGAAAAUCUCCAAGAAGCGUUCGAACUUCUUCGAUCUUGACGAUGAGUUCGAGGCUGAUUUCCAUGGUUUCAAAGAUGAUUCUUUUAUCGAUUGCGAUGAUGAUGAUGAUUUCGAUGUCGGUGAUGUUUUCGCCGACGUGAAACCAUUUGUUUUCGGUUCGACUCCGAAACCCGCCGUCUCCUCCGCUCCUACCGCCGCCGAAGGUUCAGCUUUUGGGAAGAAGGUUGCUGGUGGGGAAGCUGAGAAAUCUGGAAAGAGGAAGAGGAAGAAUCAGUAUAGAGGGAUAAGGCAACGUCCUUGGGGCAAAUGGGCUGCUGAGAUCCGUGAUCCAAGAAAAGGUGCUAGAAUUUGGCUUGGAACGUUCAAGACAGCUGAGGAAGCUGCAAGAGCUUACGAUGCUGCUGCACGCAGAAUCCGUGGAUCUAAAGCUAAGGUUAAUUUCCCUGAGGAGAACCCUCAGAAACGCUCUGCUGCCAAGGCUAGUCUUCAGAAACCUGUGGCUAAACCUAACCCAAACCCAAGUCCAGCUUUGGUUCACAACCCAAACAACAACUCCUUUGAGGAUAUGUGUUUCGUGGAGGAGAAACACCAAGUGAACAACAACAACAACAACAAUCAGUUUGGCUUAGCGAACUCCAUUGAUGCUGGAUGUAAUGGUUAUCAGUAUUUCAGCUCAGACCAGGGUAGUAAUUCGUUCGAUUGUUCCGAGUUUGGUUGGAGCGAUCAAGCUCCAAUUACUCCUGACAUUUCUUCUGCCCUUAUCAACAACAACAACAGCCCAGCUCUAUUCUUUGAAGAAGCCAAUCCAGCUAAGAAGCUCAAGUCCAUGGAUUUUGAGACACCGUGCAACAACAACAUUGAGUGGGACGCCUCGCUGGAUUUCCUCAACGAGGAUGCUGUAGCGACUCAGGACAAUGGUGCAAACCCUAUGGAUCUGUGGAGCAUCGAUGAGAUUCAUUCCAUGAUUGGAGGAGUCUUCUGAAGAGAUCCAUUCUCAUGUAUAUAAAGCUGCAUGUUAGUGAGUUUCCCGCAUCGUUAUCAACUUCCAAAACUUUCUAAUCUUCUGCUGUCUCUGUCUCUCUCAGGAGUUGCUGUCUGAAAGCUAGUUUGCAUUGCAAGAGCCAAGAGCCUCUCUAUCUUGUGGGUGUGAUGAAGUUAAGUAGAACUUAAUUAGGGGUUGUGUUGUGGUAGUUUUUGUUUUAUAAUAUUCUGAACUAUUCAGUGAAUCUUUGAAUUCGUUUGUGUUACUUUGUACACCCCAAAACUUCUUUAAAGUUCGUCAUCAUAUCAUGUUUGAACCUCUGAUCUCUGUUUAAUCAAAUAAUCUUCUGUGCUA